AUGUCUGACGCCGCACCCUCGCUCGAGGACCGCAUCACCCAAGACGAGCCCGCCGCAGAGGUCGCCGAAGCUCAGACCGAUGGCGCAACGCCCACAACCGGCGGAGGCGGCGGCCUUCAUGAGCCCGAGUACGACGUCGAGGUCAAGCUUGCAGAUCUUCAGGCUGACCCUAACAACCCGCUGUUCUCUGCUAAGACCUUCGAGGAUUUGCAAUUGAAGCCGGAGAUUCUGAAGGGCCUUUAUGGCAUGCGCUUCCAGAAGCCGUCCAAGAUCCAGGAGAAGGCCCUCCCGCUUCUUCUCAUGGAGCCUGCUACCAACUUGAUCGGCCAGUCGCAGUCCGGCACGGGCAAAACCGCAGCUUUCACCCUCAACAUGCUAAGCCGCGUCGACCUUUCAACCACUGCCCCCCAGGCCCUCGUCCUUGCCCCUAGUCGUGAAUUAGCUCGUCAGAUUUUGGGCGUGGUUCAAGAGAUGGGAAAGCACAUGGAAGGUCUUGUGGUGACCGCUGCCAUUCCCGACCCUAGCAGGCGCAACCAGAAGUUCGAGGGUCAGGUCAUUGUCGGUACGCCUGGUACCGUCAUGGAUAUGAUCAGGAGGAGGCUGUUGGACAACCGCGGUAUCAAGGUCCUUGUGCUGGAUGAGGCCGACAACAUGUUGGAUCAACAGGGUCUCGGAGAUCAGUGCAAGAGAGUCAAGCAGCUCCUUCCUAAGGAGGUCCAGGUCGUCCUCUUCUCCGCUACCUUCCCUGACGAGGUUGUCCGCUACGCAAAGUCCUUCGCGCCCAAUGCCAACCAGAUCACUCUCAAGCAUGAAGAACUUACGGUGGAGGGAAUCAAGCAGUUUUAUCUGGAUGCUGAAGGCGAGGAUGACAAGUUCCGGGUCCUCCUGCAAUUCUACGGCCUCAUGACCAUCGCAUCUUCAAUCAUUUUCGUCAAGCGCCGUGACACUGCCGCUGCACUCGAGCAGCGUAUGUCCGCCGAGGGCCACAAGGUUGCGCAGCUUUCGGGUGCUCUGGAGGGCCCUGAGCGUGAUUUGAUCAUCGACAAGUUCAGGAAGGGAGAGGCCAAGGUGCUCAUCACCACGAACGUGCUGGCCCGUGGCAUCGAUGUUCAGUCGGUGACCAUGGUUAUCAACUACGAUAUCCCCGAAAUGGCCAACGGCGCUCCUGAUCCGGAAACUUACCUUCACCGUAUUGGUCGUACCGGCCGUUUCGGCCGCGUCGGUGUGGCCAUCAGCUUCAUCCACGACAAGAAGAGUUGGAUGAACCUGUCGCAGAUCGCCAAGUACUACAACACGGAACUCUUGCCGCUCGACGCCAAGGACUGGGACCAGGUGGAGGAUAUCAUCAAGAAGGUCAUCAAGAGUUCGCGGGCGGGCAAGACGACAGAGGAGAUGACAGCCUAA